GGGACCUAGGGGUUGUCGUGCUGCUGUGUGUUAUUGGCUAGGGCUUGCUGCUCCUGCUACAAUCACAGUUACUAGCUACCACAUAGGUUACUAGCUGGCUACAGUGCGCAGCCGCGCAACGCAGAUACGCAGCUUAGACCUCUUCUGCUGUGCGCGGCCUGCCUCUACCUGUUGCAUAGUCUCUUAGUCUCUCGCCUCGCCGCUCUCGCGGUGCGGCGUCUGCUGGUCAUUUAGGAGGGUGCGUUGGAACAACCGAGGAAAUCGUGGCACUUUAGGGUUUGUUGCCGAGGAGAGCCUGACGUCGUCGUCGUCCAUCGUCGGUGCUUCUGAGGCGAUUUGACGAAACGCGUUAGGGUUCGCUGUGCUCUCAGGGUUGCCCUUUGAACAGAGCUCGCUCGUUUUAAUGCAGCCACGAGGGCCGUCCGAUUAUUCCACAGGAGCCGUCGGAUCGAGGCGAAAUCGCCGCUGAUGCCAGCGCUGGUCGCUGCGAGGCCCAUGGACGAUCUGAUGACGCAAGCUAGGUCGCAGCUCGCCUGUUUCCGUCUGAAGGAGCUCAAGGACGUUCUGGGCCAUCUGGGACUUUCCAAGUCCGGCAAGAAGCAGGUACUGGUGGAUCGGAUCGAAGCCCUCCUGUCAUCGCCAUCCGUCCCUUUCAACGGCCGCGUGCCUACAAUCACCCCCACGCGUGUGGCAGAGGUCAUCCAGGAGGCAUACAGGACGAUGCGCAGCGGUGGUCAGGAUACCACGCCUGUGAACUCCCCGGUUCAGCUGCAGAGGAGAAGAGAGGAGAGGGUUGAUAGGGGUGGUGCGGAGGGGGCGGAGAGGGGGGAAGGGGCAGAGACGGCAGAUAGGAUAGAAGGGGGAGCAGGGGAAGACACUGACAUGGCAGCUGCAGGCGGCUCCAUUCCCCAGCCGCCGCUGCAGCAACAGAAUAGGCAUAUGCAUGGGCAUGGGCAUGGGUCGUCUAGGGCAGUUAAGGCAGAGCCAGGGGGAGGCGGUAGAGCUAGUAAGAGGGCAGCUAAUAGAGGGGAUGAGUAUGGGUACAAGCACAAGGUGGAGGAGAUCCGGUGCGUCUGCCUGAGGAAUUUUGACACCGGGGGAACCAUGAUUCAGUGCGAGCACGUGAGCUGUGGCGUGUGGCAGCACGUCAAGUGCGUCAUCCUGCCAGAGAACCCCCCGCUCACAGGAGACACCUCCUCCGUGCCUCAGCCCGAGCUGCCCCUCCCCGAGCACCACUACUGCGAGCUCUGCAGAAUGGCCCGGGGCGACCCAUUCUCCGUCCCUGUGGCCAAUCCCAUGCCGCCAGCUGCGCUUAUUCGCCUGCCCGGGGAUAACAACCAGGUGCUGCAGCGCCUGGAGCACACAUUCACUCUCACCCCUCACGACCUCUCCCUGCUCAGACGCCCGCACCACUACCUGCAGGUGUGGUGUGUUCUUCUCAACGACAAAACAGCCAACCGCAUGCACUGGCCUGCAUACCCACAACUGCAGAUCAACGGUCGCAGUGUGCGAGUCACCAACCGCCCAGGGCAGCAGCUGCUGGGAGCCAAUGGCCGUGAUGAUGGGCCCUCGAUAGCGGAGGCGUGCCACCCAGGGGACAACCACGUGGCCAUGGCAGCCAUUGACAAACGGCCCUUCUGCAUUGGUGUGCGCAUCAUUCGCAAGCGGUCGUUUGAUGAGGUGAUGGCAAUGAUCCCCCCUGUGGACGUGGGAGAAACACUCGAAGUUGCCCUUGCGCGAGUGAAGCGCUGCGUGGGAGGCGGGGGAGGAGGAGGCGGAGAGGGAGGAGGCGGAGGGGGGGGUGGGGGCGGUGGGGGUGGGGGUGGGGCGACAGCAGCGUCGGCGUCCAACAGCAGCAGCAGCAGCGACCUGAUUGUCAUGCAGGACUAUGUCACGCUGAAUCUCCGCUGCCCUAUGAGUGGGUCACGCAUCCGAGAGGCUGGUCGGUUUAGGGAGUGCGCGCACAUGGGGGGCUUCGACCUGACCACGUUCAUCGAGAUCAACCAGCGAGCAAGGAAGUGGCAGUGCCCCGUGUGCAUGAAGCUCUACACGCUCGAUUCGCUCAUCAUCGACCCUUUCUUCCAUCGAGUCUGCAAAGAGAUGUCGGACUACGACAGCGACGUCACAGACAUCCAACUGAGGUCAGACGGCACGUGGCGUCCCAAGCUAGAGCAGCCGCUCUCCAAGUCUGCAAAGUCCUCCAAGUCAGCCCCAGCUGCCACUGCCGCUGCAGCCCUCCCCUGGCGGGACGUGCGCGUGCCUUUCGGGCAGGUGAAAACAGAGCUCGGGGCAGGGGUGGGGGAGAACGGGAAUGGGAUGAUGGUGGAGGGGCAAGGGGAUACGGCGGAUGAUGUGACGAGUGGGGCGCGGUCGGGGGCGGGAGGGGCAGAGGACCUGCUGUCUGGUGAGUCACGGGCGAAGCGGGGGAGGUGGAUGGCGAAGGAUGAGCCGGGAGGGAGCGAGGUGAACUGUGGGCGGACGCUGCAGCAUCGAGACCAGCAGCAGCAGCAGCAGGUGCAGUACCAACAGCAGCAACAGCAGCAGCAGUAUCAGUAUCAGCAACAGCAGUUGCCGUUCCAGCAGCAGCAGCAGCCGGUGGUGAUUGAGUUGCUAGGUGAUGGUGGUGAUGUGGGUGCUGAUGGCGGUGCUGGUGCGGGUGGUGGUAUUAUUGCUCCCCUUGGAGUGAGUACCCCCAAGAGACAGCGAUCCAGGUGGCCCACAGCAAGAGGAGACACAGGAGCUGGAGCAGGUGCAGGAGCGGGAGCAGGAGCGGGAGCGGGAGGAGGAGGAGGAGCAGGAGGAGGGGAGAACGGGCCUAGCCUAGCAGGAGCCGACAUUGGUCUUUCCCUCGGCUUUGGGGGGAACGUGGCAAGAGGAGGUAUGGGAGAACAACGAGGAUAUACUGCCAGGCGCAACGGCGAGCCAGCAGCAGCUGCAGCCUUAGCGGGAUGGCCAGGGGCGUCGGGAGCAGUGCAAGCAGGCAUGCGCGCACCCACGGCAGCUGGAGCGGGUGAAGCUGGUGAAGCUGGUGCAGCGGCUACGAACGGGGUGAUGGUGGAUGCAGGGGGAACUUCUAGUGUGGGUGCUGCCCACACAGCCGAGUCAGGGUAUGGCGAUAGAUCCUCCUUUGGUAACCCAUACAGUGGGCCAGGGGGGGAACCGAGCCAGGGGAGAGGGGGAGGAGCACAAAUGAGGGGAGUGGGCGGCAGUGGGGGUGCAGGGGCAGGGGCGGCAGGGCGUGGGGGGAGUGGGGCGAACUGGUUUGGGGAUGAGGGAGGGGAGGAUAACCCGAUCGAUCUGAGUGAUAGUGAAGGGGAGGAUGAGCCACCAGCCACAAAUGCUGCAGGGAGGCAAGUGCCCAGUAGCACUGGCCAACCCCAGCAGCAGCAGGGGCAGGGGCAGGGGCAGUGGCAGCAGCAGGGGGAGCAAGGGCAGUAUGAGGGGCGGAGAGCAGACGUGAACACGCUGCUCGACGUGUGGAGGGACGACCGGAGGGCUGACCUAACCAACGCGUUUGAUCGCUCCUACGGUGCUGCAGCUGGCCCCAGCAGCAGCAGCCAAGGGGCGGCAGCUGGUGCUGCUGGUGCUGGUGCUGGUGCUGGUGCUUCUAGAGACAACACGCCCACCCUCGAUUUCAUCACGGAUUUUCUUCUGGAGGGGGAUGGCGCAGGAGCGGGAGGAUUAGGAGGAGCAGGAGGGGGGGUUGGGAGACAGCCAGCAGCAGCAGCAGCAGCAGGGGGGAGAGAGGGAGGGAGGGGCCAGGGAGAGCGAGGAGGUGCAGAGAAUAAUGUGUUCGGGCUGAAUCUGGGGCUGGCUUCAGAGGGGGUGGGAGAGGGUCGCAAUGGGGGGGCAUCUGGGGUGCAAGCAGGGGUAGGAGCAGGAGGGAGAGGAGUAGGGGGAAGUGGAGGGGUGGGCGGAGACUUUGCCUCACCCCCACCACCUGAUGUCCAAUGGGUGACGCCUUCCCUCCCCGCUGCUACUGCUGCUCAUUUGGCCGGGGCACGAGCUGCUGCGGCAGCAGCAGGGGCAGCAGCAGGAUCAAGAGGAGUGGCAGCAGCAGCAAGAGCAUCAGGAGCAGCAGUACCAAGCCUAUCCCAACACAAGCAGCGACUUCACUCCCGGUCGUCUGCACGUCCUUCUGGCUCUCUAAGAGGGGGUUCGAUUCAGUCCCCUCCCUCCAGCCUCCAGACACCCUCACGGCUCCAAUCACCCUCGGGCCUCCAAUCUCCUUCAGGUGUCCAGUCCUCCUCACAGCUCCAGUCUCCCACCGGCUUCCGCUCCCCCCCUCUGGCAAGCCAGAACCACCAGCAUCAGCAGCAGCAGUACCAGCAGCAGCCGCAGCAGCAGCAGCAGCAGCAAGGCCAGCAACAAGAACAGCCGCAGCAGGAGCAGGAGCAGCAGGGAGAGCAGCAGCAGCAGCAGGGUGCGUCAAAUCCGUUCGCUCGUUUCUACUCAAGUGCAUCCCAGCCGUCCAUUGCUGAUCCUAGAGGCCCGAUUGGGGGCUAUGGUGGGUUCCAGCAACAACAGCCUCAGCAGCAGUACAGCCAAGUGGAUUACCAGCAGCAAGUUCCCCCCCACCCAGACUACCACCAGCAUCAACAUCAGCAGUACACCUACGGCGGCGAUUACUACACCCAGCCUUACCCCCCGCAACCGCAUCAUUACAACGCAAUGCAUCACUACCAGCCAUCUCCACAGCAGUAUAAUUACAAUCACGACCAGGAAGGGGUGCUGCCGGUGCCGCCCAUACCGGUACAGUAUGCUGCGCCUGACGCUACUGUAGCACAGUCUGGAGGGACCAAGCAGUGGGAGUCGUACAUGCGACCGCAGUCAUGAGAUUGGCCAGGCAAGACUCGAGCGUGGCUCUGGUUUUGCUACACUGCAUUGGUUUUAUUUCUAGGUACGGGUACCAGUUUUUAGCGUUCCCCCACCUGCAAUUUCUAGGCUUGGCUAGUUUCCACUUCCCGAGCCUUACCGAGCUCCACAGCACACCGUACUGCUUGGCUGCUGCAUGAUGCAGUGCAAUUCCUGUUGCUCAGGUGCUGGGUCAGCAGUUGCGGAAUCUACUACAGCAAUCGAUAUGCACAAGCAAAACA